GGAAGAAGAAGAAGAAGAAGAAGGGUUCGGCAUGAAUUACGGAAAGUCAGUUACGGUAGUGGUGGUCUCGUCGGUGUAGAAAGAGCUGAAUUAUCGUCGACCUCUCUCUUCCUUCUUCUUCUUUCCCAACCCUGAAAUACAUCAUACUCUCUAGAUCUAUCCUUUCUCAACUUCGAAUCCGAAUUACUAUAAUCACAAAAUGGCAGAUCAGCUCACCGAUGAUCAGAUUUCCGAGUUCAAGGAGGCCUUCAGCCUCUUCGAUAAGGAUGGAGACGGUUGUAUCACUACUAAGGAGCUGGGAACAGUUAUGAGAUCUCUAGGGCAGAAUCCAACCGAGGCAGAAUUACAAGACAUGAUAAACGAAGUGGAUGCUGAUGGAAAUGGAACAAUUGAUUUCCCGGAGUUUCUAAACCUGAUGGCUAGAAAGAUGAAGGAUACAGAUUCUGAGGAGGAACUAAAAGAGGCAUUCCGGGUUUUCGAUAAGGAUCAGAAUGGGUUCAUUUCUGCUGCAGAGUUGCGCCAUGUAAUGACGAACCUCGGGGAGAAACUAACUGAUGAAGAAGUUGAUGAAAUGAUACGCGAAGCGGAUGUGGAUGGUGAUGGCCAAAUCAAUUAUGAGGAGUUUGUUAAGGUGAUGAUGGCCAAGUGAUGAAGAUGAUAAUCAUGGUGCAAAAUAUAUAUAGUAAGUGUUUAUUUGCAGAUAAAAAAAAGAGACUAAAAUGACCUAAAAAUCUUGGAAUAUGGAUCAGGUUCUUGUUAUAACUGAUCUUUACUUCUUCUUUUUUAUGCCAUUCGAUUCAAAGGUUUUGUGAACUGUAUUGGAAAGACUUAUUUAACCCCUUUCUCGGAAUUAUAAUUUCAUCCGGGGUUAGUUUACGCAGACAUAGGAAACACAUUUGUUUAUGUAUCUGGAUUCAUAUCCAAAUUCUGAUGAGAAUCUGCCAAUAAAUUUUUGAGUAUGUCUUUCAAA